UUAGAACCCAAAGGUGCCGGACUAGAAGCCGAAAUGGAAGCCUGAAGACGGGAUUUCAACUCUGGUAACCAAUUAUACUCUUGGGGUUUUUAAAACUUUGUGGUUGAGGCUCCACGCAGUGGCUAUAGACCCACCACCAACCGUUUCAACCACCAAGGACGACAUCAUUGUCAUAAUCGCGUGCAGCUUACGCAUUAGCUUUUCGCCUUUGGUUCAUGGAUACACAAGGCUUAAACAGAAUCCUAAAUUCCGAGGUCGUGUCAUCGACUAUUGGUUUGGUCCCCUUUCCACCCCUGCCAAGCUGCAAAAUUUCCAUCUCACGAUUGCUUCAAAAAUCAUGGGACGGGUGGAGCUCCACUGUCAUCGCGGAGAUAAUGGACUUAGUCCUCAAUACUGUGGAUCAUCCCAAAAAUCAAUUUCUAAGCUCUUCUAAUCAUUUUCUCGAAAUUGUCUGCUCCGGAGAACUGCCGAGACCAUCCGCCACUGGCAAUCUGUUCUGUAUAAAUCGCAGGAGGACCUUCGAGGAAUCAACACCCCAGAUUCGAUCAAGCCUCUACAUACGAUAGAACACCCGAAAAAGCUAAACCUUAAUUCGCAUACAAUGGCCGCUACCGACUACAAGUUCGAAGGCUGGAUGGGCCUUGACUCCAAGGCCGCGGAGGGCAACAUGGUCUGGCAGGAGUUCCAACCCAAGGCUUGGGAAGAGACCGAUAUUGAUAUUCGCAUUACACACUCCGGUAUCUGUGGUUCAGAUUUGCACACUUUGCGCAGUGGAUGGGGUCCUACGAUGUACCCCUGCUGUGUCGGUCACGAAAUUCUCGGAGUUGCAGUCAGAGUUGGCUCCCAGGCCGAAGGAAACAUCAAGGUUGGCGACCGCGUCGGUGUUGGUGCGCAGAACGAUUCCUGCCAGGGCCGCAAGGGUGACUGUGAAGAAUGUGCCUCGGGCCUUGAGCAGUAUUGCCCCAACUUGAUGGGCGGUACCUACAACUCCAAGCACUGGAACGGCGACAAGUCCUAUGGUGGAUAUGCUCUCUACCACCGCUCUCCUUCUCACUUCGUGAUCAAGAUUCCCGACGCCAUCCCCUCCGCCAUGGCUGCUCCUAUGCUUUGCGGUGGUAUCACCACAUACUCGCCCCUUCGUCACAACGGCUGCGGCCCCGGAAAGAAGGUCGGUAUUAUUGGUGUUGGUGGUCUUGGCCACUUCGGUAUCAUGUUUGCCAAAGCCCUGGGUGCCGAUAAGGUGGUUGCCAUUUCUCGCAAGGCCAACAAGAAGGAGGAUGCUCUCAAGCUCGGCGCCGAUGUCUAUAUCGCCACAGAUGAAGACGAGGACUGGGCCAAGAACAACUCCCGCAGCUUGGACUUGAUCAUUUCUACCGUCUCCUCCUCUAAGAUGCCCAUCAUGGACUAUAUCACCAUGCUCAAGCCCAGUGGCAACUUCGUGCAGUUGGGUGCUCCCGAAGACGGUGCCCUCACCAUCCCCGCCUUCGCCCUGAUCGUCAAGCGCAUUAAGUUUGGAGGAUCUCUGAUCGGAAGCCCCAGUGAGAUCCGGGAGAUGCUUGAGUUGGCUGCUGAGAAGAACGUCAGGUCAUGGGUUCAGGAGGUACCCAUGAAGGAUGCCAACAGGGUCAUCGUGGACAUGGAUGCUGGCAAGGCCAGGUACCGUUACGUGCUUGUGAACGAGCAGUAAAUUAAUCCAUGCAUAAAUAGAGAUUGUACAUAGAAUAUAGAGUAAUUCAGCGCAGCGCACUACGCAAAUUCAUAUGAUCGAACCGUAUAUGGCUCACCGUUGACUAGAAUUGUUCCCCCGGGUGUGCGCAGUUGUUCGUUGGCCUCGAUGUCCUUAGCGGAGGGCAAACUGUCCCCCUCCAGACCAAGAACAUAUUUGGCCGACCACCCAGUGCUUGCAUCCCAUUCUUCUCUCCUAGCACUAACCCCCUUCCCUGCCUUCACGACUGCAUCUGUAGAACCCGGCAGGCGCGCAUAUACCUGCUUCUGUCGCACCGCCAAAUAUGAGCCCCAGAUCCUCGCCAAAAAUGUCCGCGAAACCUCCACUUCCUCGCCUUCCCCAACCUUAAUAUCAUGCUUCGAUUCCAAAACCCAUGAAGCACCCUGCCCUGAUCCUUCGGGGCCCUCCUUGAAUGUCAACUCCCGCCACACCUCCUCAUAUUCUGUCACCGGAGCCCCUGGCACAUCUGGACGAGCCAUAGAUCCAGUCUCAAGGUCAUCACCGUUCGGUAAUGUAGUAAAGGUGCCACAGUCAACGUCGUCAAAGGAGUUGUGCGAGUCAAUUUCAUGGGUAAACUGCACGCGGCGAGGGUCACUACUAUCCGUAACCCGCUGACCGGCAAUUGCCCAGUCAAUGUCGCCAGAUUUCUUGUCUAU